CUGAGGUGAGGAGUUGGUAAGUAUGAUGGGUAGGUAAGUAUAACUGGGAAGGUUUUGGACAGUGGCUUACACAUAUAUAACUCUACCAUUUUACCGCUUUAGUAAUCAUCAGUUUAUCUGGUUGAUCAGAAUCAUUUCACAAUGCACGGCUUUGUGACAUCCACUUUCAUUAUCAUUUUACUUGCUCUGUAGACUUCUUUUACUAGUCAUUUGGUGUGGUGCAGUCAUCUAACCUAUAUACUAUAUCUGAUAGCAAUUUCUGGAAAAGGACUACUGGUGAUAUAUUCUACAUAAGUAUUGUAGCAAUACAGCAAACACUAGUGCUACUUAAUAUCAGGGUUUAUUUUUUAAAAGUAAAUCCUGAAACAGUAAUUUUUGGUGAAUUUAACGACUAAUGCUUUCUUUUAAGUUAACCCAGGGAUACCCAUAAUUCUCUUCAGUCUUAAGCAUUUGGCCUGAUGGGUUGCAUGAAUGACUUUAUUUGGCAGUCACAAAUUAUGAGUAGUUACCGUUCUUCUUUUCCAAAGAUUGUAAAUCCUUUUUUCUUAUACAAGCUGUGCAAAAGAAUACUUGCAGGAUUAUUGUCUGAACAUGGACUAUUAAGUUCUUCUAAAUAACAAAAUUUUUCUGUUUGACCGACCGGAAGAAUAUUUUUUACAAACAAAAUAAAAUAAAAAACAAAGUGCAAUACUGAACCGAAAGUUAGUCCAUUGCUACAAAAUUUUGUAACCUGUAUCAGCUGCACAGCUUAUAUUUUAUAUGUUGUAACUGGGUACUUAAGUGCUUUCAUUAUUUUGUGACUGGUGUACAUGUAUAUAAUGCUUCACUUUUCUUUGUGUCUUCUGUUUUAAAUUUUAAUACUUUCAUGUUGUCUUCUUAAUGACCCUCAUCAUGAGAAAACUAAUCAACAAAAAAGCAGAUCAAAUUAUGUCUGAUAAUAAUACAGUAUGCUUUCUCAAGCUAAAUAUAAAAUGUCAUUUCCCGGAGGGGUGUUUGAGACGGAAAAGUCUGGAUUUGUCUCAUCUGACCAGAAAAGAAAUCCAUUUUCUCAUGAUGUGGUUCACAUAUAUAUAUUAUCCAUUACAUAUAUCUAGCUACAUGGUAGUCUGUCGUUAAUCAUUACAUAUAUCUAACUACGUUGUCUGUCGUUAAUUCUCAGAGUACACUGCUUUUGUAAAUACAUUGUAAUACUAAUCCUCUUAUUGCAUCUUUAAUAAUGUUUUUUAAAUUUAUAUAAAACUUUUCCGAAACCUCAUUAUAAAAGAUAUAAAAUCUAUCCUAUAAAUGGAAAUGAAUUUACAAAGAAAUUUUAAAGAAAAUAGAAGAAACAAUAAUUUAGUUCAUCAUAAUAAAACUCACCGCAUAUGUAUAUUAUAUGUUUUUUGGUUUUAGAGUAAUAUAUAAGGAUUUAUCACAUAAUCCGCAGCGCAGGACUGUAAUAAAGCCAUUUAAUAAAAAUAAUAUUACACUAGUGUUAUAACACUUUGACGUAACGUCAUUUGCGCUAUAUAGAAACAUAGCUUUAAAGCUUAUCAAUGUUUGCAUUACACCAUAGGCGCGUCAUUGAAAAAUUACUCAUUUUAACAGUUGACUGUUCUUAGUUUAUACAUGUGAUAAAUAGAAUAUUAUAUUCCUGUAGAUUCAAUACUAAAUUUAUUGAACUCGUUGCAAUUUCUGACUUAAGUAGCAUUAAAUUUUGAAAUUCAAUUCUUGGCUUGACUGGAACAAGUUUUGUUUUACUUGGUUUUCAUACCAUCGAUAUACAAAUGUUUUAAGAGCACAGUUGAUAUUAUGUUGAGAAAUAGGUAUUAAUAUUAGAUAUACCCGCCAAGAAAUGGGAGUACAUGACAUCAAUGACAGCUUCUAAACUGCAGAAGCACUUUGGUUCAACCAUUGGAGACAGAGUUACUACAGAUCACCAGACCUCUCAAAGUGUACCAGUGCUCUCGUCUCGAGAAUUGUUUGUGCCAACUGUCUCAGCACAGCGGAAAGCUUUGUUAUCGGGUGCUUGUUUGCCAGUCCAGAAACCAUCGCCGGCCCGAGUGAAAAUUCAGAAACCAAGGUCAGCUACUUCAGUCAACCAGACAACACUGUCCGCGGCUUCUGCUUCCCCAAAACCGUUACCAGUUACACAACAGUCUACAGUUACGCAACAGUCUGUAGUUACACAGAAGUCUACAGUUACACAACAGUCUACAGUUACACAACAGUCUACAGUGACACAACAGUCUGUAGUUAGUCAACAGUCUACACAACAGUCUGUCGUUACACAACAGUCUACACAACAGUCUGCAGUUACACAACAGUCUGCAGUUAGUCAACAGUCUACACAACAGUCUACACAACAGUCUGCAGUUAGUCAACAGUCUACACAACAGUCUACACAACAGUCUGCAGUUAGUCAACAGUCUACACAACAGUCUGUCGUUACACAACAGUCUACACAACAGUCUACAGUUACACAACAGUCUGCAGUUACACAACAGUCUGCAGUUACACAACAAUCUACAGUUACACAACAGUCUGCAGUUAGUCAAUCACUUCCAGAUACUCCCAGUGAAACAGCAGAUGAAGAUCUUUGUCUCCCUGCUAGAUGGAAGAAAACACUACCCAAAGUAGAUCAGCAAUGGAUCUCGAAGGCCUUGUUCCGCUGGAAUAAAUCAGGGGGAGUGGAACUGGUACCAGAACACCUGUCCAAGUUAUGGUGGUAUCCGCCACAACCGGCUGUAGCAGUAAACAGCAUACCUGGAGUGGACAGGUAUUUUGCUCGGCCCUUGUUCUUGUGGAUGCCACGGAAACAGUGGAAGGUCCGAUUAUGUUGCCCCCACCCUGGAUGUGAGAAUAAAGAGUUGGCUUCAGCUGGGAUCAAUCAAAAGGUUCGACAAGUCACCGACAUUGAUGGUUUUUACAAUAUGGCCUGUGACAACCUGGAAUGUAUGAAGUGUCGGCGCAGGGUUCUCAGCUGGAGCCAUGCCAUUUUGUCACAACUUGACAUAGGGCAUCGGGUUCAGUUCCCAUGCAUUCUUACAGCCAAACUGGCGUGUGACUAUAAAGUGGUGCGUCUGCUGCGGAACAGAGGUCUUGGGAAUAGUUGCAGUCAGGUGCGGAAGAAGCUUGAUGAGGAGCAUGGAGAAAAGUGGCUGCAGAAUGUUAUACACUAUAUGACAGACUGCAGCUGGUUUUCUAGUGCAGCCGAGUCAAGCUUGGUGAUACAUCCAACCUUCGCUGAACCGCCACAGAGAGCAUCUUUACCCAGGCAUCGAUGGCUUAUGCAGAUCUAUAUCCAGGAUGUUCUACAUCGUUUGGAUGAAAUGAAGGCAGGCAUAACCUCGGUGUUUGGAAGAAUCAUCAAAAUUGAUUCAACGAAGAAAGUGGUGAAAAAGUUGGCUGGACGUCCUGCAAAGACUGCACUAUGGUGCACAAACAUUGGAAACGAGUAUGGACAGGUCCUUAUGUCUGUCAUGACCUCAGGAGAAGGACAUGGUCUUACCCCUAUGUUGGUUGGUGUUAUCAACCGUUACUCGAAGGCUGAGGUAACCUCCCCAGAGAUCAUCUAUGUUGAUCGAGACUGCUGUGGAUCUUCGCCAUUACAGACUGUGUUGACCGCAUCAUCAUGGAAUACAGUGAUACGGUUAGACAUUUGGCACUUCAUGAGGAGGAUUGCAACUGGUUGUACAACUGACUCUCAUCAGUUGUAUUCCUCCUUCAUGGGGUUGCUAAGCAACUGUAUUUUUCAUUGGGAUGAGGAAGAUCUCAGCUGUCUCGUCAAGUCAAAACGUAAUGAGCUGACAGCCCAACACCUCUUCAUCAAGUCUGAUGCUGACCUCAUGAAACAUAUCAGUAGGUACGAGCUAGCCUUGCACUGCCGCAGAAAGACCAGAGGUGAAGCUGAAACUACUCGGCUGAUUAGUGAACUCAUCAAAACAUUCAGUGGUGAAAAGGGGAGGGAUACUCUUGGGGUUCCACUUAUCAACAGCUCAAGGAUGAAGAGCAUAUGGGAUGCCCAAAAGAAGCAUAUAGCCUGUAUACAGGAUCCUCCAGACAUUUCCCUGUACACCAGGACUGGCUCCACCAAGAAAGGAGGGAUUGAGCUGCCCAACUUCCGAUGUGCUCGGGGAUCCACUUCACUGGAGAGCUUUCACCUACAUCUGAACAGGUUUAUCCCAGGUACCUUGGCUAGUGAUGUCCUGUUCCAGGCAUAUAUGGUAGAUGGUCUCCACAGGUGGAAUGAAGACAGACAACGGGCAGCAAUAACAACACAGACUGACCAUCAGUCAUACAGUGGCCUCUUACGGCAUACUGCCAAUGAAUUGGGUCUGAAGGUGCUCAAUAAGAAGAUUGACCCUACUUACAAUGAGCCAAGAAAGUAUACAGGUGAACUAAUUGGCAUAGAGUAUCUGUAUAGCCAGACAGGGAAGGUGCUUGAGGAUUAUAUGAAGGCUAUCGAGACCCUCGAGACAAUUCCUGAAGACGACAAUGUUGACACUGGGGAUGAUGAAGAGGUGGUACAAGAAACAGAUCACAUAGAUGACCUCACCAUUUCUACUAUUGGUUUGAAGGAGUCUUCUGAUUUUGUUAUGGAAGCACCAGUGGUACAGCCAAUACAACAAAUGGUUGAACCACCUCAUCCAUUGUCACCUGAAACGAGGGAUAGGAGGUCUACAAUUGAGAGCCCUAUGCCCCAGUUGUCUGAUUCAAUGACUACGGACACUGUCAACUUACAAACUAUGAUGCCCAGUGACUCAGUUUCAACUCUUAUCAGUGAAGAUGAGGAACCUAAUCCUGAAACGGAAAGUGAAGAAUCUGUUGGACCAGACAGCAUACCAGGGUAUGGUAGGGUCCAAGAGCUGGCAGCAUAUCUUGUUGAUCUCCGCCAAGCUAUAUAUCUGACCAAUUCUCAAGUGACGUGCCUUAUCAAGCUCUGGAAUAAUCUUUCGGAUUAUGACAAGGGACCUACUGUCUUUGAAGAGAGGUUUUCAACCGAAGCCAGAGGGCGCUACAAGGCCAAAAAAUCUCUCCGUAAUGUUGUUCCAGGAGUUGAAAGUACCGAAAGGGUUAUGCGCGGUGGACCUGGUGCUGUUCCUGCGAGCUGGCCAAGCGCAAACAGAUACACAGAGGCUAUUUUCAUCCGCCUCUUAUAUGUAUUACCCAGAAACAGAUCCCGUUUUGAUGAUGUGGCAAAGGCCUACUAUAACAUCAGACAGCUGGUUUUACAAAACGGAAAGAUUGUUGCAGAGACCAGUAUACAAUUACCAGAAAUAAGUAGAGGCACCUUAAUACAAUGGUAUACAAAGCGUGGGAAAAUGCUGGAUAAGCUUGUGGUGACCCAGGGUGUGCGGUUUGAGCAGCCGUCACAAACAACAUCUUGUGGCAUUCCAACUGCUCUAGAUAAACCAGCAAAACUUACAACAGGAAAAGUGGAGUCACACAAGUUCACAUGUCCAACCAACACAGCUGGUUUAGCGCGAAUGAAAGGGCAGAAACGGAAGUCGUCUGGUCUUCAGCUAGUGGUCACUACAGAGAGCACUCCAAUACUACCCACAGUUCCUAGUUUUUCCCCAUCGUCUGCAUCUCCCCUUUACACAUCCGAGUCAACUUCUCCACCUGCUACCACCCGUAAUGCAUCUCAGUUGACUAUUUCAGUCACUGUCCCUAGUUUGUCCGAGUCUGAUGCUGUUGUACAGUCAAAUCCUCACCAUACUGUCCCCCAGUGGACUUCACCCCACACUACCCCUCGGUUGACCUACUCCCUUAUUGCACCCAAGUUGACUCAUUCCCUGUCUGCCACCCAGCCCUGCUCAGUUUUUAACCCCGGGCCCAGUGCUCUUGUGACCACUACUCAAAGUACCUGCAUUCUUCCUGCUCAGCAGUCCACUCCUGCUGAGCCUGCUCAACAGUACGCUGAAACUUUGAGAGCCACCCCUAUUGGACCUCUGAAUAUGCUGACACUUAGCACUGAUGGACAAUCAUGUCAGUGGACACAGCCCAGUCAAGCUAGUGUAACAUCGAUGCCCAGCACAUCUGAAGUACCAUACACUACUCAGAGGUACAGGAAGAGAAGGCUUGAAAAGGAAAAAGCUGGAAUAUUUAAAAGGAAAUAUGAUAGGAAGAAAGUGCCAACAUGUAGACAUUGUGGCCAGGAACGUACAGCCCCAAACCAUGUUCAGUACUUCAUGAACUGGUUUUGUCGGGCCACUGCCACAAUGUCUUUCGAGAAUUGGAAAGAAUCCUUCAAACAAAAAGGAUAUGGAAAGAAAGACAAAAAGGAGUAAGAUUGUGCUUCAAUUUAUUCAUCAACACUGUUUAAAAGUGUUUAGUAGUGAAUUUAUCAACACUGUUUUACAGUGUUUAAAAGUGAAUUUAUCAACACUGUUUUACAGUGUUUAAAAGUGAAUUUAUCAACACUGUUUUAAAGUGUUUAAAAGUGAAUUUAUCAAACCUGUGUUACAAUAUGGUAUAAAUCAGCACUAAAGUGACAGAUAUUUAAGUGGAUUUAUUGACAAACGUAAUAAACAUGCUUAGUAGAAUAUAUACCAACACCGAAAGUGACAGAUAUUUAAGUGGAUAUAUUGACGGCAGUAUUAACAGUGCUUAGUAGAAUAUUAAUCCCCACUGAAAGUGACAGUUCUUUAAGUGGAUUUAUUGACAGUGGUAUGAACAGUGCAAGUAGAAUAUUAACACUGAAAGUGGCAGAUAUUUAAGUGGAUUUAUUGACAGUUGUAUUAAACAUGAUGUAGAAUAUUUAUCAACACCGAAAGUGACACAUAUUUAAGUGGAUAUAAUGACGGCAGUAUUAACAGUGCUUAGUAGAAUAUUAAUCGACACUGAAAGUGACAGUUCUGUAAGUGGAUUUAUUGACAGUUGUAUUAAACGUGCUUGUAGCAUAUUGAUCAACACCGAAAGUGACACAUAUUUAAGUGGAUAUAAUGACGGCAGUAUUAACAGUGCUUAGUAGAAUAUUAAUCCACACUGAAAGUGACAGUUCUGUAAGUGGAUUUAUUGACGGUUGUAUUAAACGUGCUUGUAGAAUUUUAAUCCACACUGACAGAUAUUUAAGUGGAUUUAUUGAUGAAUGUAUUAACAGUGCUUAGUAGAAUAUUGAUCCACACUGAAAGUGACAGAUAUUUAAGUGGAUUUAUUGAUGAACAUAUUAACAGUGCUUAGUAGAAUAUUGAUCCACACUGAAAGUGACAGAUAUUUAAGUGGAUAUAUUGACGGCAGUAUUAACAGUGCUUAGUAGAAUAUUAAUCCACACUGAAAGUGACAGUUCUGUAAGUGGAUUUAUUGACAGUGGUAUGAACAGUGCAAGUAGAAUAUUAACACUGAAAGUGGCAGAUAUUUAAGUGGAUUUAUUGACAGUUGUAUUAAACAUGCUUGUAGAAUAUUUAUCAACACCGAAAGUGACACAUAUUUAAGUGGAUAUAAUGACGGCAGUAUUAACAGUGCUUAGUAGAAUAUUAAUCGACACUGAAAGUGACAGUUCUGUAAGUGGAUUUAUUGACGGUUGUAUUAAACGUGCUUGUAGAAUAUUAAUCCACACUGACAGUGACAGAUAUUUAAGUGGAUUUAUUGAUGAAUGUAUUAACAGUGCUUAGUAGAAUAUUGAUCCACACUGAAAGUGACAGAUAUUUAAGUGGAUUUAUUGAUGAACAUAUUAACAGUGCUAGUAGAAUAUUAAUCCACACUGAAAGUGACAGAUAUUUAAGUGGAUUUAUUGAUGAACGUAUUAACAGUGCUAGUAGAAUAUUGAUCCACACUGAAAGUGACAGAUAUUUAAGUGGAUUUAUUGAUGAACGUAUUAACAGUGCUAGUAGAAUAUUGAUCCACACUGAAAGUGACAGAUAUUUAAGUGGAUUUAUUGAUGAACGUAUUAACAGUGCUUAGUAGAAUAUUGAUCCACACUGAAGGUGACAGAUAUUUAAGUGGAUUUAUUGAUGAACGUAUUAACAGUGCUUAGUAGAAUAUUGAUCCACACUGAAAGUGACAGAUAUUUAAGUGGAUUUAUUGAUGAACGUAUUAACAGUGCUUAGUAGAAUAUUAAUCCACACUGACAGUGACAGAUAUUUAAGUGGAUUUAUUGAUGAACAUAUUAACAGUGCUAGUAGAAUAUUAAUCCACACUGAAAGUGACAGAUAUUUAAGUGGAUUUAUUGAUGAACGUAUUAACAGUGCUAGUAGAAUAUUAAUCCACACUGAAAAUGACAGUUCUUUUAGUGGAUUUAUUGAUGAAUGUAUUAACAGUGCUAGUAGAAUAUUAAUCCACACUGAAAAUGACAGAUAUUUAAGUGGAUUUAUUGAUGAACGUAUUAACAGUCCUAGUAGAAUAUUAAUCCACACUGAAAAUGACAGUUCUUUUAGUGGAUUUAUUGAUGAAUGUAUUAACAGUGAUAGUAGAAUAUUAAUCCACACUGAAAGUGACAGUUUCGUAACUGGAUUUAUUGAUGAACGUAUUAACAGUGCUAGUAGAAUAUUAAUCCACACUGAAAAUGACAGUUCUUUUAGUGGAUUUAUUGAUGAAUGUAUUAACAGUGCUAGUAGAAUAUAAAUCCACACUGAAAGAGACAGAUAUUUAAGUGGAUUUAUUGAUGAACGUAUUAACAGUCCUAGUAGAAUAUUAAUCCACACUGAAAGUGACAGUUCUUUUAGUGGAUUUAUUGAUGAAUGUAUUAACAGUGAUAGUAGAAUAUUAAUCCACACUGAAAGUGACAGUUUCGUAAGUGGAUUUAUUGAUGAACGUAUUAACAGUGCUAGUAGAAUAUUAAUCCACACUGAAAAUGACAGUUCUUUUAGUGGAUUUAUUGAUGAAUGUAUUAACAGUGCUAGUAGAAUAUUAAUCCACACUGAAAAUGACAGAUAUUUAAGUGGAUUUAUUGAUGAACGUAUUAACAGUGCUAGUAGAAUAUUAAUCCACACUGAAAGUGACAGUUCUUUUAGUGGAUUUAUUGAUGAAUGUAUUAACAGUGAUAGUAGAAUAUUAAUCCACACUGAAAGUGACAGUUUCGUAAGUGGAUUUAUUGAUGGCAGUAUGAAUUUAUCAGGAUUAAUGACAACGUACAAUGAUAUGUAGUGAUUUCUAGUUAUUUGAUAAUGUUCAGAAAUGACUGAAAGUGUUGGCUAGGACAGUGUCAGUAGACAAAGGUAUAAGACAGGCUAUUAACAUUCAGGAACAUAGUGGGUGCUGCCUUUUUAUCUGACAAAGUUUAUGUUACAAAUUAUUCUCUUGCUGUAUUGACACAAAAUCUAUAGUCUACAGUUCCAUGCCAACCAACCCACAA